GAAGCUUUGGACAAGUCGCAUUCUUGGAUCCUUCCGAACACACGACGACAUGAGCUUGAAGGCGGGCACGCACAACAAGCCGAAGGCCGCGAUGACUAUCAUGGAGAAACGGCUGCCGCAGAACCCAAAGUACAAGGACACGCAAAGCAGGCUCGACACGGGCAGCACCGUCAACAAAGUGCGCCUCAUUUCGAGCAAGGAGUUCCUCAAACGCCGCGACGAAACCUUUCGCCGCGUGACGCCUCGAUGCCUAGCUGAACUAUUCUCCGAGUACGAAGACACUGGAAAGGGCGACGCAGCGGCACCAGAACUGGUCGCUCGAAUGGUCAAGAAUGCCGACGGCGAGUAUGUCAUGGAGCGGCAAGUGUCGGAUGACAACCAAGAGCAUGCCGGGCCUCGUAUCGUCAGCUACGACGCCGAGGAAGGCGAGAAUUACGAUGUUCCGUACUUAAUUCUCGACACACGCCCACGGGAAGACUUUGCACAGAAUCGAAUCCACCGAUCCAAAUCGUUCCCGACGGCGUUCCUCUGCCGCGACCAGUUUCUCCCCGAGAUGCAUCAAUUCAAAAACCAAGAAAGCAAACUCAUUGUGCUCUACUGCAUGGACGAAAAGCUCUCGAUUCAGUCAGCCAACUUGCUUGGUCAAAAGGGCUUUGACAACAUAUAUGUCCUCACUGGCGGGCUCUGCGAGUACGCGGCACUGUUUCCGGAGCAUGUUGAGGGCACACUCCCGCCCCGACCAAAGUCCACAGGUCGAGAUACGGCGAAGAAACCAUCGCGGGACUUGUACAAGUCGGGAACGGCACUGACUUCGUCGUCAGUAAAGAGCGUCGCGGGGUCGAUGCGGAAGAAACCAGAUGGGGACUCAGACGUGUCGUCGAUUGCGUCGCAUCAGAGCGUUGCCGAGUCGAUCAUUUCGAAGGCCACGAUGCGAAAGGCGAGCAUCAAGCACGGCGGCAGCGGCAGUCGCGGAAGCGCGGCUGGCGGCAACUCCAACUUUCGAUGAAACUCCGGCACAGUUCGUAAUCAGUCGAAAUUGAUUUUCCUCUUACAUACGCAUCGUUUGGUACAAUGUC